AUGGACGGUCAAAUUCCACCAUGGAUAUCAACUCAGUUCUCGUUGGAUUCCUUGACAUUAUCUAACAACGGUCUUGCUGGAGAAAUUCCCUCUUGGCUAUGGACUAUGGCUGCUUCCUUUAAUGAGCUAAAUAUCUCACGGAAUCAUCUGCAGGGGCCCCUUUUUCCAUAUGGUCCAAAUUCUCACAUGUUAGUCUUGGAUGUAUCUAACAAUGCAUUAACUGGACAAUUGCCUUCCGUGUGGCCAAUAAUUAAUGGGACAUUUUUGUGGUAUCCUAUUAUAUUGAUGCUCAAUGACAAUUUGUUCACCGGCAACAUUCCUCCAAGCUUGUGCAAUUCAUCUGUAUGGCUGAAGUUAAAUCUUGAAAACAACAAAUUUGAUGGAAUGAUCCCUUGGUGUUUAAUCAAAGAGGGAUCACCGGUUCAAGAAUUAAAUUUAGGAGGACAUCUUCCAAAAUCAAUUGGAAAUCUUUCGUCUCUUGAAGUGCUGGUGAUGAAGGCCAAUCAGUUCAGUGGUAACAUUCUUUCAGAAAUUGGCGACCUGAAGCAGCUCCAGAUCUUAGACCUUUCCUCCAACAACUUAUCAGGCUCUAUUCCACACAACAUUGUAUUUUUACAAGCGAUGGCUGUAGCAAGAGAGGAUGGCUAUGUGUUGCAGAUUGAAGCGAACUAUGGGGUCAAUGGAAUCACGGUAUCUUCUCUUGGCGGAUUGGACAUGAAUUCCAAAGGUACAGAACUAUACUACCCAUAUAUUCUUUCCACACUCACUCGCAUAGAUCUCUCCAACAAUCAGUUGAAUGGAGAUGUUCCUCUUGAUUUUGGAAAGUUGAAGGGCUUGAGGUUUCUGAAUUUGUCCAUGAACAAUCUUAGUGGGAUUAUUCCACCUAGUUUGGGGGAUAUGAGUCAACUUGAAUCUUUGGACCUUUCUUCAAACAAUCUUUCAGGAAAUAUUCCUUCAGAGUUUCAAUCUUUAAGCUAUUUGGGAUAUUUGAAUUUGUCUAGCAACAAUCUAUCUGGAAGUAUACCACAAGGAGGACAGAUGAUCACAUUUGAAAAUACAUCAUAUUCUGGAAAUCCAAGUUUGCAGGGAUGCCCACUUCCAAAGAAUUGCUUUUGGCCUAAAUUUGCACCUCCUCCUCCUGUUAGUGAUGGCGAAGAUAAAGAUGAAGAGGAGAGCGGGCAAAUGCCCUGGUAUGAAAUUGGACUAGGAUGGUCAUAUGGAGCAGGUUUUUUGAGUGUAGUAGUGUUAUUACUUUUAGUAGGAGAGAGGUGGAGAAAGAAAUAUUUCAAGGGCAUUGAUAAUAUUUUGGAGUUUAUGUUUCCUUUCCUACGUAAUAGGAGAUUUCUCCACUAG